GCGGUGUGGUCGGGGUCGGCCGGUACGCGGCACCGCUCCAGUGGCCUUCGCGGCGUGGUGGCUCCGGGCGGCGCGAUGCCCUCCUUCAGCUACGAUGUCAGUGACCCGGCGCAGUUCGUGAGCUACCGGAAGAGCAGUGAACCGACGCCGCCGAACCUCAGUGGCAACAUGUCCGACAAAAACGGCCAUGCUGUGCCGGGCUCGUCCUGGAAGAACAACUAUGUCCCAGCCUACGCCAACGGCGACAAACUCGGGAAGCGUUCGCUGGAGCCGGUGGAGGUGGCUCCGGAGAUAGAGCCGGAAGAGCACGACCGCGGCCAGUGGGGCUCCAAGUGGGAGUUUGUCUUCUCCUGCGUCGGCCUCUCGGUCGGUAUCGGCAACGUCUGGCGCUUCCCCUACCUCGCCUACGAGAACGGCGGCGGUGCCUUCCUGAUACCCUACAUCAUCAUCUUGGUCCUGGUGGGAAAGCCGAUGUACCUGAUGGAGACAGCAAUCGGCCAAUAUAGCCAGCUGGGACCCAUGUCCAUGUGGAGCAUGGCACCCAUCAUGAAAGGCGUUGGUGCGGCAAUGGUGGUGGUAUCGCUGAUCGUGGCCAUCUACUACAAUGUCAUCAUGGCCUACACCUUAUUCUUCACGUUUGCCUCGUUCCAAGGUGGCUCCGCUCCUUGGUCUGACUGUCACGAGUCGUUUGCGGACGACAACUGUUUCGUUCGAAACGUGACCUUCCCGGCCUGCAAGUUCCUCGAGUCCAGAAACAUCACAAACUUCACGGAGGGCGUCGACUGCCACAACAAGACGGAGCUAGCGGCGGAACAAUAUUUCAAGCACUUUGUGCUGCGCCUGGGAGACGGCUUGGACACGCCCGGCGACAUCGGGGGCAUGAAUUGGCAGUUGACGCUCUGCCUGCUCCUCUCCUGGAUCAUCGUCUUCUUCUGCCUCAUGAAGGGUGUCAAGAGUUCCGGCAAGGUGGUGUACGUCACGGCCACGGCGCCGUACGUCUUCUUGAUCGCCAUUCUGGCCUACGGCUGCACCCUGCCGGGGGCCAUUGAUGGCAUCAAGUUCUUCUUUAUCCCCGAGUGGGAGAAGCUCAAGGACAUCACUGUAUGGCAGAAGGCAGCCGAGCAGAUGUUCUUCUCACUAAGCGUCUCGUGGGGCGGCCUGAUCAUGUUCGGCUCGUACAACAAGUUCAACAACAAGGUGCACAUCGACUCAAUGGUGAUAUCCUCGCUGGACUUCGUCACAUCCAUCAUCGCCAGCGUGGCUAUCUUCAGCAUCAUGGGCUCGAUGGCCCAGUCGGCCGGCGUUAAGGUGGACGAGGUGGUGAAGUCUGGCCAGGGCCUAGCAUUUAUCGCAUUCCCCGAGGCCAUAGGCGGCGUGCCCGGCUGGCAGCUUUGGUCCAUCUUGUUCUUCGUCAUGCUCUACACCCUCGGCCUGGACUCGGAGUUUGCCUUGCUGGAAACCGUCACAACGGCCAUCUACGACUCGUUCCCGUCCACACGGAACUGGAAGGCUCUGGUCACGUUGGUAGCCUCCAGUUCCUGUUUUCUCCUUGGUCUGCCCUGCGUCUCUCAGUCGGGCCCGUACGUUCUGCACCUGAUGGACACGUUUGGCGGACUCUGCGUGAUGCUGAUCGCUGUGUUCGAGCUGAUUGGCAUCAUGUGGAUAUAUGGCGUCAAGCGCUUCUCGGACAACAUCCAAUUCAUGAUCAACUACCGGCCCAGCAUGUACUUCCUCGUCUGCUGGGUGCUCGUUGCGCCGCUGAUGCUUGCGGAGCUGGGGGAGGCGGUGAAGCGGGUGCAUCGGUCGCCCAAGCGGCCGCCACUGACCAGGACGGCAUCGGUGGCACUGCAGGAGCUGGGCGAGGUGGUGAAGCGGGUGCAGCGGUCGCCCAAGCGGCCGCCACUGACCAGGACGGCAUCGGUGGCACUGCAGGAGCUGGGGAGGUGGUGA